AUGGCUGACGCUGCUCCUCGUGGACGUGGUGGAUUCGGUGAUCGGGGCCGUGGAGACAGAGGCCGGGGAGAUCGAGGUCGAGGUCGACGAGGUGGCCGUCGUGGAGGUGCGAAAUCAGAGGAGAAGGAGUGGCAACCGGUCACAAAGCUGGGUCGUCUGGUAAAGGCUGGGAAAAUCCAGAGCAUGGAACAAAUCUACCUCCACUCGCUCCCUAUCAAGGAAUACCAGAUUGUCGAUUUCUUCCUGCCCAAGCUGAAGGAUGAAGUGAUGAAGAUCAAACCCGUCCAGAAGCAAACCCGAGCCGGUCAGCGAACUCGAUUCAAGGCCAUUGUGGUCAUCGGUGACAGUGAGGGUCACGUCGGUCUCGGUAUCAAGACGUCCAAAGAAGUCGCGACCGCCAUUCGUGCUGCCAUCAUCAUUGCCAAACUCUCUGUCCUACCCGUCCGACGAGGCUACUGGGGUACCAACCUUGGUGAACCUCACUCUCUGCCCACCAAGGAGUCUGGAAAGUGUGGCUCUGUUACAGUUCGAUUGAUUCCUGCGCCCCGAGGAACCGGCCUCGUCGCCUCCCCCGCUGUCAAGAGACUGUUGCAGCUUGCUGGUGUCCAGGAUGCGUACUCUUCCUCUGCUGGAAGCACAAAGACGCUGGAAAAUACUUUGAAGGCUACCUUCGUCGCUGUGAGCAACUCGUACGGCUUCCUGACACCCAAUCUGUGGAAGGAGAACAAGCUCAUCCGCAGCCCGUUGGAGGAGUAUGGUGACGUGUUGAGAGAAGGCAAGAGAUACUAG